UCCGGCCUCUGAAAUUGGGUGCUCAAAGGAAGGAUGUGAUUGGGGGAGUCCCGGUGGUCCUUUUGUUGCUGGCUGGAGAGGGAGGCUUGUUGGGAGUGGCGUUUGUGGGGCGAGAUAACUGAAAAUGGCUUCAAGAGGAAAAAUUGAGACCAGUAAGUUGAAGCAAAACUUGGAAGAGCAGUUGGACCGACUAAUGCAGCAGCUGCAAGAUCUGGAUGAGUGCAGAGAUGAACUGGAUGCUGAUGAAUAUGAAGAAACCAAGAAGGAAACCCUAGAGCAGCUGAGCGAGUUCAAUGAUUCCCUGAAGAAGAUCAUGUCUGGGAAUAUGACCCUGGUAGAUGAACUUAGUGGGAUGCAAUUGGCUAUACAAGCAGCCAUCAGCCAGGCAUUUAAAACCCCUGAAGUCAUUCGGAUGUUUGCCAAGAAACAGCCUGGGCAGUUGCGGACACGGUUGGCCGAGAUGGACAGAGAUCUGAUGGUUGGAAAGUUGGGGCGGGACCUCUACACCCAGCAGAAGGUAGAAAUUCUCACUGCCCUCAGGAAGCUUGGGGAAAAGCUGACUGCUGAUGAUGAGGCAUUUCUUUCAACAAAUGCUGGAGCUGCUCUCAGCCAGUUUGAACGAGCCGCCAGUGACCUUGGAUCAGGAGAUAAAGUCUUCGCUCUGGCAAGUUUUGAGUGACUGAAAUCAAGAGGGGGAAAGAAGAGUAGAGAAGUGUGUCCGUCGCCAGUUCUUGCACUGAAAAUGAAUUCUUGAACCAAGCUUGCACUCGGAGCUGUUGUUUUGUGGCAGGUGGGCCUCAAGGUUCAAAUGGGCAAAGUUGGUCCACCUUGAACCUCUGAGUGAGUGGACUAGAAAAUGGUUUUGAUGUAAAUAUGGAAUUCCUUCCUUAUCUGCUUUCCUGUUAUAGACAAAGUAACUUUCCUUGGGGUUUACUUCACAGAGGAAAGUGUCUGCCAACUUACCACUUCUGUAGAUCACAAACGACCCUGGGCACCUAACCCUGCCUAUCCCUGAUGGGGUAUCCUUUGUCAAGGCAUAGUUAAGAAGGUGGAAGACAUUCCUUAAGAUUCUCAUCAAAGCAGGGCUUGGUAAGACUGAGUACCAUGAUUUUUGGGAUCUGUAGAUCUUUUCCUAAAUAAUCUUGUAGUGCCCCUGGGCAUGCAGUAAUUUGUUUGUUUUCUUCCCCCCUCCCUCAGCCUCAGUAUUAAUUGGUUGCUGAGCUUGCCCUGGUAAUCUUAGCAUCAGAAUGCCCUUCCCCCAAAAUUAGAGUUUUGAGUUGUAAGAAAAAACUGGGAUACAAAUCAAAUAAAUGCAGAGUAACUACACACUGUUACCACUGAACGGUGUUAAGGUGGACAGCUCAUUAUUUUGAACUACAAUUCAGUAUGACAUUUACAUUUUACCUUCCUUGAAUUUCAAAGCAGAUGGAUUAGAUAGAGCCAUUUCAUAGUUUCUAUUGCCUGCCCUGCUUGUUAUGGACCCUAAGUAAUUUUUACAAAGAAUUCCAUAUUGUUAUGUCCAUUGACUCUCACUGUGCGUGUGGAUCCUAAUUGGUUAAUACCAUCUCCUGUCAUGUCUUUAUUCACUUUGCCUGGCUUGUAAGUGCAUCUGUGUCACUAAAAGGGUGCUGGCUAUGGAAUAUUGUUCUGGGUUUAUAACAUGCCAGUAACUAGGCCUUAGUACCGCUUGUUAUAAUGGGGAAAAGCUGAACAAAAGCUGUGAAACUACCGAAUGAUGAGUGGUUGGGGGAAAGGGUGUGGUAUUCCAGGAGAGGCAGGUCUGUCCCUCAGGUUGUCGUUUUUCCUUGUGCUUUACUGCAGUCAGCAAAAGUGUGCGGCAAAUUGGUCCUUAGUCUUGUGAUCCUCCGUUUCCAUAAUGGGAGGCAUCUGUAACUCAAGUCCCCAGUACGGAAGCUUCCUUUAAUGUGAGACAGGCAGAAGGUUAAUCUCAUGUUUGCUUUUGGUUUGGAGACAAGCAGCUCAUAGAACCUGAUGGCUUGCUGAAGUGAGCCAAACCACUAAUGUCAGAGAAGGCUAGGUUCCUAAAGGCUCUAGUCCAGUGGAGCUGAUGGGGAAAUGCCUCCUCACUUACAGAGGUGGCAUUUUUGAUGGCUUACUGUGUUUUUCGUUGACUGUAGUUUUCAUGUCACAAACUUUGGUUGGUCUUGGAAAGGCAGUACAGACAUCAAGUAGAUGCAUGUAGACAUUUGGCAGAUACAGAGGAUGAACAAAAGUCAUUUGCCAGGGCUUAACAGGGCGAAGGCAAUUGAGGGUCCUGUUCCCACCCAUUGCCAGCAGGGCUUCUGCAUCUCUGCUACUGGUAAACAGUAAAAAGAUGCAGGGUUUUCUCAGAUGCUGUUCAAGGAACUGUGAGAAAAACAAGGGCAAACCCUACUAAGAUUUCAUGCCCAGCACUCUGGGACUUUAUGCCACACAGGAAGGUGGGAAAUAGCUUUGGUCCAGGAGAAAGAGGGACAAGGCAGGCCUGGCAGCUGGGUUUUGGGUGGACUUUGUGGCUUUGGAACCCUCCAUGCAGCAUUUCUGAGUGUCUGGCUGUUGCCUUCUGGUGCUGGCCCUCAGCGCUCUCGGCUGCCUGGAUAGUGGCCUCUACUCCCCUGCGUGGCUUUGCAAUCGGCAUCCUUGGAGUAGAAUCCUUUUAAAUAUUUUUCCUUUAAAAAUAGUGAUGGCUAAAUAACAACCUUUCUGAAGUCACAGUGGUUAUGGAUGCCUUUCCCCUGGAAUUCUGCAGCAGCCUCAUUAGCAAUGAUUAGAGGGUUAGUCUGCUGCCUGCAGAAGUGAAGCUUUGCUGCUCUGCAGUUGCAAAUCUGUGCCUUGAGCCAAAACCAGCCAUCAGACUGGCUGGAAACAGGCUGCCGCUUCUGAUCUCUCUCUGCUUAAGCGAUUUGCAUUUACUCAUCUCACUUUGCAUAUUGUUCAUCUCACUUUAAUAAACCACCGCCAAGAAAGGCA